AUGUUAAGAUAUCGAUAUGGUGCCGUUAGAUGUGCGUCAAAAGGUCGUCAACCGAACAUAUCAGCUACCGAUGGUUUGAAAAGACAGGAAACAUGGAUAAAAAAAGUGAUUACCUCCCAGUCAUUGACACGUAGAAAUGACAAGUUUUCUGCUUUUACUGACCAGUUGACACCAGUGCCUAAAGAAUAUACAGGAGAACUUUCAAAACCUCCUACUUUAAAGCAUUCAUUGACGCAAUGUCUAUAUCAACCAAUGAACAUUGUACCUCUUCGUGAUAACCGGACUAGCGUCUUUAACUUCACACCUUUCUUGGAAUCGCUAAUUGAUGUGGAAGAUUUUGAUUUCGAUGGUAUUUCGCCUUUUAUCCCACCUUCUCAAGACCCCAAGUUGGCUAAGAUUACUGAGAAUAUGGACAAACGAUAUUUCUCAUCAACGAGUUCUAUGACGGGAUUGCUUUCACACAUGCAUUUUCUCUUGUCAAACUUCAGGCCGUUGAACCUCGAUCAAUUGACACGGUCCAUCUCGCCCCAGUAUCCUACUUUCACGCGGGGUGCUAGGUCAUCUUGUGCCAUUAUCAUGAAAAGAACCAAGAAUGGUUGUGAUCGGUUUUCCAUAUCUGCUGAUAAGUCUAUAAACAAGGAUAUCAUUCUCUCUAGGUUGGGCCACUGUCUAGAGAUGCUUUUGACCACUCCCGAACAGGAGUUUGAUAAGCGUUACAAUAAGAAUGUGAGGAACAAAGCGGAACAGAAAACAUUAUCUUCCAGUACAAGCGUGGAUAACUAUCACUACGCUACUAUUGGAGAUUUUGUAUUACGGUCGCAGUUGGAUGCAUACGAGCCGAACCUCCCUGGAACUGGGGUAUUUGACCUAAAGACUAGAGCUGUUGCCGCUAUCAGACACGAUUUAUGCCAUGUGGAAAAUAACGAUAAUUACACUGGAUAUGAAUUGAAUAGACGCUACGGAAGUUUUGAGUCUUUUGAACGUGAGUUCUACGAGCUUGUCAGAAGUACCAUGUUGAAAUACUCUCUACAAGCUCGUAUCGGAAACAUGGACGGUAUUUUUGUCGCAUACCACAACAUCUCUAAGAUGUUUGGGUUCCAGUACAUUCCUCAACAAGAAAUGAACCAUAUCCUCCAUUCCAACGUCGGCAACGCUGCCAAGAGAAAGUUGAAAGCCGGAGCUGAUGUGCUUAGGGUGAUAUAUGGUGACGAAAAAUAUGUUACAAAACACGAGUACGAGACGAACCAGUACCAAAUUGCACAAAAAGUAGCGGAGGCCGAAUUUAAUAUCAGCAUGCAGUUCGUUUCAUCGUUCUUUAAGAACAUCGAAUCGCUUCUUGAGAAGGACCAACACGCACGGAUAGUAAUUAAAACCACUGCCUCUAAGCGUAAGAAUACCUCUGUGAUGCACGUACUAGUCACACCACUCGAUGAAAAAGAGUUGGAAACCUUGGAAAGUAUGAAGCUUUCUCAAGUGCUUUUCCAACAAGACCAUAAACAUAUCAAUGAAUAUAUCAUUAAGCUUAAUGAUAUACACCAUAAUAUGAUGUGGAAAACUGUUGGAUACACUGUUAGUGUAGAUCACGAAUUUGAUAACCGUUUUGAUGAAACCAGUAAUAGAUUGCCAUAUUACGGAAGCGAAUCUGAGAAGACGAAGGAGUACAUAAGAAGCGUGCUAAGAAACCACUCCGAAGAUUGGGAGCAUCCUUACUUCCACUAUCCAGAAGAAGUGAAUGAUUGGAAGGUGAAAUUCAACAUCACUCCAAUUACGGAUAAUCGUGAAUUGCGUUCUCUGCUUCGUAAAACCCUUGGAGAACAGUUAGGUUUUUUGGAAUCACAGACUGUGGAAAAGACGGAUGACAAGAUGCUCAAGGGCCCCGAGUUUGUUCGAAGCCAAUUAUCCAAAUUGGUGCAUGGAAAGGGUAGGUCUCUUGACGAGCUUCAUCUCCGAAAACAUGAUGACAAUGAUAUAUCGACAUUGCAGUCGAUGCUUCGUGCCCUUGGUGACAAGAAGAGGAACCAAGAUGCAAAUAAGAAGUCCGCUAGUUCUCAUUCUAACUCACCAGUGAUGUGGAACCAGAAUGAAAAGCCUUCUUCAAAGAGCAAUAAUCAUCCCAAACCAUAA